UCUUUCCGAAUCAGCAACGAUGAGGGUUCUUCAAGGCUUCGUUUCUUCCCUUUUACUUUCGGGCGCGGCCAUUGUCUCCGCAGCUUCCUCAUGGAGCUUUGAGGAUGCCACGGUGACUGUUACCAGCAAAGGUGCUGGUGUUGGCGGAGGUUCAAAGGACAAUCUGAGUCCUUCGAAACCACUGAGCAAAUCUGUAUCGUUGGGCGCAACGGAUACACUGAAGCUUGUCCUCACAACCCUCGAUGGAAGCACCGCGAAGCGACCUCAUCAGGCAUUCCUUACUCUGACCGAACCGAUGACGGGCUUGGAGGAGUCUUUUGUAUUCAAUGUGAAGGACAGCGGCAAGGGAAAGGUUGAUUUGUCUCACAAGGACCUACCCCACCAAUUCCUGACAUCCGAGAAGCCAAUCGUCGCUUCAAUCGUCAUUGGAUCGUUCGGCUCUUCCGCGCCAUACAAGAGCAAAGCGUUCGACCUCGCCGUUACCCGUGACCCCAGCGUCCCUCUCAGCGUCCCCGAGCCGCCCGUCCGCUACGCCGCCGAGUCCGAGAUCCACCACAUCUUCAAGGAUGACCCUAAGUCUCCACCUAAGAUCAUAACAAUUGUGUUCGCGGCUGCUGUUGCUGCUGCGCUUCCCAUCCUUCUCGGUGUCUGGGCUAUACUCGGCGCGAAUGCCAGCCACCUAAGUAAGGCGCUGGGCAACGCACCCGUGUCGCAUGGACUGUUUUAUGGCUCCAUACUGGCAAUGGAGGGCAUCUUCUUCCUUUACUACACCAGCUGGAACCUCUUCCAGACUCUGCCGGCUGCUGCCGUUGUAGGAGUUGUUGCUUUCCUGAGUGGUAGCCGGGCCUUGUCUGAGGUCCAGGAGCGGAGGCUAGCUGGACAAAGAUGAGCAAAGCCGAAUUUGGGUAUGUUCACUUAUGUCAUAUACAAAACCUCGUGGCUAUGAGGGAAAACAAGAGAUGGGCAAAAUAUCGUUGUAAGAUUUGAGGAUGCGCGAUGGUGUAGAGGAGACCAUAGCAUGCAUGCGCAGUCAUCUGCCAUAGAAAAUAUAGGCUAUGACCGUUGCGACACCGACAAAUCUAUGCGUGAU